AUGUCUACAGCAGAAAAACCAGAAGCAAGAAGUUCUCGUGCAAGAACCUCAGAUAAUAAUAGUGUUCCAGCUGGUUCAGAUGAGCCUGUUGUUGCCACUGCAUCUAGUACUGGUGGAAAAGCUAAGAAAAGUACUAAAGGUUCCAAAGGUGUUUCAACUGGUACAACAAAAACUUCAAAAAGUCUUAAAGCAGGUAUAUUCAUCAUUUUACGAUUAACUUUUCCCGUUGGGCGUAUAGGAAGACUUCUCAGAAAAGGUCGUUAUGCAGAUCGUGUUGGAGCAGGCGCACCAAUUUAUUUGGCUGCUGUCAUAGAAUAUCUAACAGCCGAAGUCCUCGAAUUGGCAGGUAAUGCAGCACGUGAUAACAAAAAACAAAGAAUCAUCCCACGGCAUCUACAACUUGCUAUACGAAAUGACGAAGAAUUAAACAUAUUGUUGAGGCAUGUCCAUAUUUCCGAAGGCGGUGUUUUACCCAACAUUCACGUCGAAUUACUUCCUAAAAAGAAAGGUGAAAAGACAACCAGUAAAUCUGGAACAACAACCGCAUCUCCAAAGAAACCUACCAAGGGCGCUAAAACUCCAUCAAAAUCAACUGCUUGA